AUGGCAUCAUUCAUUAAUGGCAGUCAAUUAUUUAGCAAAUGUUUGAAACGAAGUUUGGACUUAAUGAAAGUUCCCAGUCGUAAUAGGGGACCAAUAGGUCAGCCGAAAAAACGUCAUCCUGAAUGGCUUCCCAAAACAACACGUGUGCGCUACAAUGAAGGGCUUACUACAGAUAACAAGGAAUUUUUGUCAGAAGUUGUGGCAUCUACCAAUGGACUUCUUAAUGCUGAGAUUAAGUCUCCUUUGAAUACAUCAUUAAUUCCAACAGCUACAGAAUGGACCAAAAACUCCAAACGUACUGGUUUACUUGGUAGAAAGAUAGGAGUGCAUCCAAUGUGGUUAAAGAAUGGACAAAAAGUGCUAACUACUCUAAUACAGAUCAUAGAUAAUGAGGUUGUAAAAUAUAUACCACCAGAAGAGUUUGAUCCAGUUAAACCCAGUAAACAUAAAAAUAUUAAACAGAAAAAUGGUUGUCUUGUAGUUGGUGCAGAAAACAUUGAUCCACAAUUACUUACUAAAGAGUAUUACAGAAUAUUUGAAAAAGCUGGAAUUACACCAAAAAGAGUAUUAGCAAGAUUUGUAGUUACACCAAACGCGGUUCUCCAACCAGGAACUCUUUUAAUGGCGACGCAUUUCAAACCAGGAGAGUUCGUUGACGUUCGAGGGAAAACGGUAGAUCGCGGCUUUCAAGGUGUUAUGAAAAGGUGGGGAUUCCAUGGUAUGCCUGCUUCUCAUGGUCAAACUAAAACACACAGAAGACCAGGUAAUAUUGGAAAUUAUAAAGAUAGAGUAAUGCCAGGUACGAAAAUGCCUGGCCACAUGGGAAAUCGUUGGCGUAUUUUGAAAGGUGUUAGGAUAUUACGAAUCAACACUAAAUAUAAUGUAAUAUGGGUAAUGGCUCAGAAUGUACCGGGAGAGCUAUACGGUUUAUGUUAUUUAUACGAUACGAUUCUCCCAACGAAACAAAAUACUUCGCCUAAUUUCCCUACGUAUUUGCCGCCGAAUCAAAAUGAAGAAACCGAACUUCCGGAAAAUCUUUACGCGGACGAUGUUCAUGCAUUUAGCGAUCCAACGAUUGUGUACGAACCGGAAUCGUAAUGACAACACAGUAAAUAAACUAAUGCUUUAAUAAUUAAAAAUAGGAAAACUAUUUAAUAUUUUCCUUUAAAGAUCGUAGGUAACAGGCAAAAAUCGGCAAAGAAAUUUUGCCGUGUUUACGCAGUAGUUUCUUUUAUUUUAUUGUUCAUCUUCUUCCUCUUACAGAAAUAAUUCAUAGUUAUCAAUUAAGCUAAUAAAGAGUAGACAAUUGAUUCAUUUAUUUAGUAAUCAAUAUUAUUAUAAAUUUAACAUGCCUAAAAUAUACAUGAUUGUUUUAUAAAUGUAACAUCGCUAACCAAAACUCAUCUCAAGUUAGAAUGGAGAGCAGCGUAAUCAAACGAUAAAAAGGUCUUUUUCUUAUUUUGUUUGCUCUUCAAUGUAGAGAGCAAGUUAAUUAAUUUAACUAGAAUAAUUUAUUCGGUACAUUGCAUAUCGCUAGCUGCAUUCAGUUAAGUUUCGUUCCGCCAAUCGGUUUAUUUAUAAAUGUGUGCAGUGUGGAAAAGAGAAAGAAAAAGGUAACAUACAUCUUUAAAAGAAUCGGAAAUAAAAGAAAAACAGAUUCUUAUUUCAUUAAGAACCUCCCUUUUGCUCCGUUAUUAAGUUGUCUGCCCUCGCUUCCCCUUUACUUUUUGGGCAAGAUACCAACCAGCCACGGUUUUACACCUUUGGAAUUAACAAACGAAAAGAUUAUUUUUAAUUCAGCAGUGGCACGUCGAAGCUGCCACAUAUUGUCGUUGGAGCAAGAAUAAGACACAAAAAUAGAAACGGGUAAGCAAAAUGGCUCCGUAGUGGAGUUUGUCGGGGGACGGCACGAUCGGAUAAGAAAUAAUGGAGGCCCUCUCAGAAUUUAAAACCUUCGCUCGGAAUGGUCGUCGUCUGGUCGAAUUCAAAUGUUGAUUCUACAACCGGUGGCUCCAAAUUCGUGUCAUCCGGCUGAAAGG